AUGUCUUCAGAUGCAGGUCUCCUCGACCCUUCCAUCUUCGAGUUCCUGAGCAGGACCCUCGAAGAGGAGGCUCAGGUGCGCGACACCCUCACACAGAUCAUUCAUCGUCUCGAGCGUGCCGUCUCCACCGCCCAGGCUCUCCUCUCUCGAGUCCACUCUACUCCACGAUCUCGCUACCCCGCUCUCGUGUCCCAGGUCGAAUCGGCCAUCCAGGACCAGGUGACUAUCCUGUCUGAGCUCAACGAGGUGGCAUCUAAGCACCCAUACUACAAGUACAACUCCAAAUGGUCUCGCACCGUCCAAGGCGCCAUCACCACGGCCCUCUACUGCGCCUGGCUGGGCGGUCUCCCCACCGAAUCUCACCCAGCCGAGCUCGGUCGUCUUCUCACCCUCGCGGACGUUGGUACAAUUUUCAAGGUCCCCGUCAAUCUCAAGGACCGUGACGCCUUCCACAUCACAAUAGAAGAAUACCUCCUUUCAACCAUCGAUCUGACCCAGGACCUAUCCCGCCUGGCCACCAACUCCGUCACUCUGGGUGACUUUGACCUCCCUCUCACCAUCAGCUCCUUUAUCAAGGACCUCUUCGCCGGCUUCCAGCUCCUCAAUCUCAAGAAUGACAUUCUGCGCAAGCGCGCCGACGCCGUGAAAUACGACGUCAAGAGGGUAGAGGACGUCGUCUACGACCUGUCCCUGCGUGGUCUCAUCAAGAGAUCAGCUGCUUCCACUGCGGACACGGAGAUGAAGUCGGCAUCCUAG